UUUCCGCUGCGCUCUUAUUUCACCUCAGGUUGAGAAAGAAGAGCAGCUCGAGUUCAGACUAUUGUCGAUAAGUCGUCAUCUGCUUUGAAUUAUAUUUUCAUCAGAAACAUUACAGAUUACACCAACCUUCACGCGUUGUCCUCGUCCUUCGUGUUUUUUAAAAGUUUACAGUCUCGCGGAACGGCGUCGAAAGGAAUCACAGGACACGGCAACAGCGCGAGCACGAGCGACAUACCGGCAAACAAAGAAAUCCGUUUGUGCGCGAGAUCAACCCUAACCACUCGUUAGUUAUGAGUCAUGUGGCCGUCGACAAUGUACACGGUCUAGAUCAGCAGCUCGCUGUGCUAGACUUAAACUCCCCUGAUGUUCAAGGUGUCAAUGGAAGACGCUACAUUCCACCUCAUUUAAGGAACAAAGAAACUUCUAAAAAUGAUUCACCCGGAGGAUGGGAUAAUGGACGCAGCAAUGGAUUUGUGAAUGGUUACCAUGAUGGGCGUGACAAUCGCAUGAAUGGUGGCAGCAGUUUUGGGGGACGUGGUCCCAUGCGCAAUGACCGUGGAGGAAGGGGCAGCUACAGAGGAAAACCAAGUGGCUCCUACAAUCCUAUCCAGCCAAUGCAGAAUGAAGGAUUUGGGUACGAGAACAAAGAUGGUGGAUGGAAUGCUCCAAAAGACAAUGCCUACAACAGCUUUGGAGGACGCUCUGACCGAGGAAAGUCUUCCUUCUUUAAUGAUCGAGGGUCUUCGUCCAGAGGAAGGUAUGAGCGUGGAGGGUUUGGCGGCGGUGGCAAUAGCAGAUGGGUGGAGGACUCCAGGGAUGAAGAAGACUGGUCCAAACCAUUGCCCCCCAAUGAGCGCCUUGAACAUGAGCUCUUUUCUGCAAGCAACACUGGGAUUAACUUUGAAAAAUAUGACGACAUUCCUGUUGAAGCCACAGGCCACAACUCUCCUCCACAUAUUGAAAGUUUCCAUGAUGUAGAGAUGGGAGAGAUCAUUAUGGGAAAUAUAGCACUGAGUCGCUACACGCGCCCAACUCCUGUCCAGAAGUACGCUAUUCCAAUCAUUAAGUCUAAGCGAGACCUGAUGGCGUGCGCGCAGACCGGCUCUGGUAAAACUGCAGCGUUUCUGUUGCCGGUGCUGAGUCAAAUAUACACAGAAGGGCCAGGAGAUGCGCUGCAGGCAAUGAAGAACAGUGCCCAGGAAAAUGGGAAGUAUGGUCGUCGUAAGCAGUACCCAAUUUCACUGGUUCUUGCUCCAACAAGAGAACUUGCCCUCCAGAUCUAUGAUGAGGCCAGGAAGGUUGCCUACCGUUCUCAUGUACGCCCUUGUGUGGUGUAUGGAGGGGCAGAUAUUGGUCAGCAGAUUCGUGAUCUGGAGAGAGGCUGUCAUCUGCUGGUGGCCACACCUGGUCGUUUAGUGGAUAUGAUGGAGAGGGGCAAAAUUGGCCUGGACUAUUGCAAUUACUUGGUGCUGGACGAAGCAGACAGAAUGUUGGACAUGGGUUUUGAGCCACAGAUUCGCCGUAUCGUCGAGCAGGACACCAUGCCUCCCAAAGGGCUACGACAGACCAUGAUGUUCAGUGCCACCUUUCCAAAGGAGAUCCAGAUCUUGGCCCGUGACUUCCUGGAGGAUUACAUUUUCCUGGCUGUGGGAAGAGUCGGUUCCACCUCUGAGAAUAUCACCCAGAAAGUGGUGUGGGUUGAAGAAAACGACAAGAGGUCCUUCCUGCUGGACCUGCUUAAUGCUACAGUCAUUCCCAAUGAGGGUCAAGACAAUACGGGGGAGAACGUAGAAAAACCUGGAAAAGAAUCUCUGACUUUGGUGUUUGUUGAAACCAAGAAGGGAGCUGACGCUCUGGAGGACUUCCUGUACCGUGAAGGCUAUGCCUGUACGAGUAUCCAUGGUGAUCGUUCCCAGAGAGACCGCGAGGAAGCGCUCCACCAGUUUCGUUCUGGUCGAUGCCCUAUAUUGGUCGCCACUGCUGUGGCUGCUCGUGGUCUGGACAUCUCUAAUGUAAAACACGUAAUUAAUUUUGACCUUCCUAGCGAUAUCGAGGAGUAUGUUCACCGUAUUGGACGUACUGGUCGUGUGGGCAACCUAGGUCUUGCCACGUCGUUCUUUAAUGAUAAGAACGGCAACAUCACCAAGGACCUGCUGGACAUCUUGGUGGAGGCCAAACAAGAAGUACCGUCCUGGCUGGAGAGCCUGGCCUACGAGCAUCAGCAUAAGAGCAGCACCCGUGGACGAUCCAAAAGGUUCUCUGGUGGUUUUGGUGCCAGGGACUACCGUCAGACCACCAGCAAUACCAGCAGCGGAGGCUUCGGAAUUCGCGGUGGCCGUAACUCAGGGGGUCACAGUGGUGGAAACCGUGGAUUUGGUGGUGGUGGCUUUGGUAAUUUCUACAACAGUGAUGGGUAUGGAGGAAACUACUCGCAGGUGGACUGGUGGGGAAACUAAGGCACUUUCCCUUCACCUCUUCACAUCCCCCAUGAUUAUAGUGGAUCACCAUGCAAACUCACUGAAUGGAAACCACAUGUACCAUAGCCAGACUAUUUACCCUGUGUAGCUUUGAAGAACUUUGCAGUACAUUACCAGCUGUGAUUCUCUGACCUCAUCCAGAAGGGGUCUGAUCCCAUGGGAUAUGGGGAUACAAGGACAACUGGAAGUUUGGCUGUAGCGGGAAUCAGUCUCACGAUGUGCUCAUCUGUAGAAUGGAGGGGGGGAAGGAGGCAGAAAAUCUUGGACUCUAGUUUUCCACUACAUCUCUCUUUUUUUUUUUUGUACUGAAUGAGAAUCAUUUUGUUUGUUAAUGUACUGUGCCUUUAAAUUUGGACCUUUUUUGUUUGUUUUAUGUCUGGCUGACACUUGACCUAAUUUCCCCCCCCCAUCAUCUCACCCCCCCCCCCCAUUUUGUUUUGGAAGGCAAAAAACUAAGCUUGGAUGUAAUCAAACCUUGGCAACCUUCAGGAUGGUCUGUCACAACCUCAUUUUGAACUUAAAUUAUAAUGGGGUGAACAGUGCUGUUGUCACACAAAGGGGUCUGACCCCUCUUAUAUUGGCUUUUACAUUCUUGCGUGGGAAUAAAAACGUUUAAAGGAAAAGAUCUUGCUCACUCUAUCCUGGAGAGAUACAUAUAGAGACACUGUAGUGUUCUGAAAAAAGCCAAGCCAUUCCACUAUAUGAUCGUAAUUUAAGUUGUUGAACCUGCCUGCCUCCCAUCGCUCCACUUGGCAAUUGUAACAUUGAGGCAGCUAGUUCAGUACCAUGCUAGCUGUUUAUUGGAGUUGAAUUAUUUGACUUUUUUUACUUUUACGUUUUACUUGAACCGUUUCGGAGGUAGCAAUUGGAUGUUUUUUUUUCUUUUAACAGUCUUGAACUUGAAUAUGAUACGGUAGGCUUGUGGCAUCUUUCAUAGUGAAAGUUUAAAUGGCUACACCGGACCACGGCGUCAGAGCGGACUGGUCCUAAAAGUCAUGCCUGUCUCCGAACUAAUCCGCAUGCUAGUGUUGUUGUUUUUUGGUCAAGGAAAUUUUCAAACCAGUUUCUGCAGCAGGCUUCUAUGGUUGUUACAGGUAACGUUUGUUCACGUUUUUUAUUUCUCGUUUCUCUCUCUUUUUCAAGCUGCGUUAAAUGCCACAAGACAUCUUCGGUUUAUUUCUUGAGACACGGCGACCGCUCCCCCUCUCCUACGUCUGUGUUUUAGGGCAGACUGGGAACGAAAGAAAUUGAUGUUGACGACGAGGAACCGCACAAGAUGAGACACCGAGGCUGGAAGGGGUGUAGUUUUGACUGACUUUUGGCUUGUUUGUCUUUUGAGGAUGAUCUUUUCAUGGCAUCCUGGCCAAAGAUCGGGUUUUUCCCCAGUUCUCCCAUCCACCUUUUAUCGAAUUCUGGCAGCUGUAGUCUCGGGUUGAGCUGCUGUAAGUUAAAUAACAUCAGCUGAUAGCGUGGCAGUAUCUCCUUUACCAGGCGGACGGAGCCUGACGAGGGUGGGUUUGGGGGUACGUUAAACUAAAGUGCAAUAGAUUUAAUCUCAAGCGUGUUGUUGUGCCUUUUUUGAUAAUGUUGAAAAAGGUGACCUGAUGCAGAUGCAUUGACAGUAUUGUGGUAACUUGAGAGGAGAGAUGCUGCUUAGGUCUAGACCCUUGCGUGUUGUGCGCUCCUCAUGUUUUAUGAAAGUUUUAUUGCACAUCUUGGGUUUUAUAUAAAUGUCUCGAGCGCGUGUCCUUAAGCUUCCAAAUAAUAUGUGUAAAGAUUGUGAAACGCAGCUUGUUUACAAAAGGGGAAGUGUUCUCCAACAGUUAACCAGGAUUGAUUUGGGACCAGGGGGAUUAGCAGUGGGGAAUUUAGCUAUUUGCACACAGAUUACUAGAUUCUACUUUUGCUGCUAGUUUGUGUAAUUUAUUAAGCAUUUUUGAGAAAUAUUUAUUUUUAUAAGCCUAAAAGUGAUCGUUUCAAAUAACUUGACCAAAAGACAGUACAAAAACACUGGCACUUGAAUGUUGAAUGUCACCCGUAUGCGUGAAGUUUAUAUUUUUCGGGGUAGUGUGAGCUUUUAAUGUCUAAAGAGGUCAUUUUGAAUGCAGAAAUCCUCAUCUGUAAUCGGUCUCGCUGACCGUUUCGAUUCAGUCAAUCAGAAUUGCUUAAUUGGCGGCCAAAAUUGAAGAGAAAAAAAAAGCAAAACCAUGCCAAGGUUUGAAAAACUUACAGUAAUAUUUUUCUAAUUGCGUGCGAGGUGUUCAGAUUCUCCCGUUUUUUUCCUUACGUUUUUCUUGAUUUGUAUUUUUUACCCCCAGUGAAUGUCUGGCACACGGCAAUCUUAAGUAACAAAUACGUGGUUAUUCUCUAUUGUUGCAUUUGCAUAUUGUGGGCUAUGUCGGUCUUGUUCUCUGACAGGUUUGGCCAUAAAUUCAGUCUUAAUUAAAGGGGUCAAGUGUUGAAGUAAAAGGGUGUGAAAGUGUUUAACAUGAAAUGGGUGGCUUUUAAUUCACCGAAUCAUGUGAAAGAACAUCACCGGAGCCCUUCGAGUUAGUGUGUUUGCUUUGUAAUAGUUUAGAGGCUGUGCACUGCACGAAAAAUGUUUCUUGUAUGAUUUUACCAAAUUAAAAGUUGAAAAUUGCAAAUACAGAAAUUGUUCGGUGUAUUUGCAGUCUGGCUCAAGCAUAUGGGUCUCUUCAUAAUGCUUUUGUCUUUUUGUCAUUGUUUUACACAGAAUGAAUACUGAAAAUAAAAACCUGCUAUAUCUUA